AUGGCGGUCGCCGUAGUCAUACAACUUGAUGCAAAUUCAUUUGCCGAUGCGGAAGCUCCGGACACAACCGCUGAAGACACGAUUCAAGACGCUGUCCGAGCUCUCAAAGGGGUCAAUCCUCGCCCUGACUUCGCUCUUGGCUCACAAAUUCAAGAUCAAAAUGCCAUUCAAAUCACAACAGAGCAAAAUUACCAUCAAAAUGGCCUUGGAUAUGAGACUGCACUGGAAUUCAGUCCGUUUCUGAAAACUGUCCGCAGUCUCUGUGGUGAGCCACUCAACAUUUUCCAUGUUGCUCUGAAUCGGCCGGCGUUCGGGCCCGAUGGACCUGCUAUGGCGAAGGUAGUGGAGUUUGUACUGUCUUAUUUUCCAGUCUCUCGCGUCACGCCAGAUUUUCGGAAACAGGUACAAGACGACUUCCUCAGAUUUGAUGAGAUAUACAGCCCGGCUGUGACAGGGAGCCAGAGUUGGGCGUCCGGUUGGCUGCUGGAAGAUCAAAUGCACGAAGGUCUUAACGGAGAAAUAGCCAAAUGCUUUUUGGUGGUAAGGGGAUGGGAUAGUAUGGACCACUUCGAGGCAUCAAUCAAGAGCGAUGCCUAUAAGCAGGCUAUACCUCUGCUACUGGCAUGGAACACGCCGUGGAAGAUGUACGACUUCAAAGACUUCACUCGAGAAUGA